AUGGACGGUCCUCCGCCUCCGCCGCCGCCGCAUGGCGCCAACCCAAACACCACAGAAGGGACUCCGAAGUAUCGGAAAUCAACUGACUUGCCCGACGGUCCAUAUGACAUUUUUAUUAUUCCGCCCCAUUCCGCCGGUUCGGGAUUUCUGUACCUCCCAUCCUUACAAUGCCACCGCAACAGCUUCAUCGCAGGGUCGCUCUCUACGCUAUUGAUAGUCGCGGUAUGGACUUUAAUCCAGCCCACAGUCAAAACCUGGGUCGCAACAACCAACGCAACUGGAGGAAUGGGGGUCAUUGUUCUGGUUCUCGCAGUUGGAUUUGCGGGCUGGUACUUUGGGACCAUGCAGAAUGAUGGAGGUGCAAAUGGCAGCUCAGCGAACAGGCCCCGACCCGGAGGAGCAGCGUUUGGUGGUGGCUAUCAAUACGGCGCAUAUCAAAACCAAGGCGGUCCCUACCAGAACGGAGGACCAACACCAAACGGAGGGCCACCGCCAAACUCUCACUUCAACAGCGGAGGCCACUACAAUCACGGAGGCGCAUCACAGCCGCCCCCGUACAAUAAUCAUAACGCUCAACCCAAUACCAAUAACAACACCGAAAAAAAUGCUAAAGGCAGCACUCCGAAUGAUGACCCUAAGAAGGCAGAAGCGGAACGGGAAAAGGCCCGUGAAGAGGCCAGGCAAAGAGAGGAAGCAGAACGGGAGAAAGCCCGUGAAGAGGCCAGGCGGAAAGAAGAAGCGGAACGAGAGAAAGCCCGCGAAGAGGCCAGGCGGAAAGAAGAAGCCGAGUGGGCAAAAGCCCGUGAAGAGACCAGGCGAAAAGAAGCUGAAUGGGAAAAGGCCCGUGAGGAGACUAGGCGGAAAGAAGAAAUUCGGCGAAAGAUGGAAGCUUAUAGAAAGAAGAGGGAAGCCGAAGAGGCCGAGAGAAGGAGACAAAAGGAACGCGAAGCCAUGGAGGAAGAACUGAGAAGGCGCAAAGAGGAGCUGGAAAAAGAAGCUGCUGCUGCUAAAGCCGCCGCUGAAAAGGAGGUUAGAGAACGGGCAGAGCGAGAAGCUGCGGAAAGAGAGGAGAAAGCUAGAAGGGAGCAAGCAGAGCGGGAAGAGAGGGUCCGAAAAGAAGCAGCUGAACAGGAGGAGAGAGAGAAAAAGCAGGCUGCGGAAAAAGAGGCUGCUGCUAAGGAGGCUGCAAAGAAAGAGGCUGCUGCUCGUUUUGCAGCGGCCAAAGAAGCAGCGGCCAAAAAGUUCGCUGCUGCCAAAGAGGCUGCCGCAAAAGCCAAACAGAGUGCUCCAGCUCAUACUGCUGCGUCGGCUCCAUCAGCUGCUCCACCACGAACUCCCUCUCCGAGAAAGCCACCGCCGCCCUCAACAAGGACUGCAGAAGAAGACGACGCCUAUUCUUUCCGGCCGUAUGAUAGGCCUCGCCGACCAUAUGGAGGAACAUCAUCACCCUCUGUCUACUCCGAAUCUUCAUAUGCUCCAUCACAAUCGACGGCACGAACAACGCCUCCACCAUCUCAUCGUGGACCGUAUACGACAAAGGAUCCAGACAAAGUCAUUAUCUCUGGAGUAUAUCUCUUCAACAAUGCUUUCCAGAAGACUCCAAUAGCACAACUUGUUUCUGGGAAAGGCACCGUUACUGAUGGACUAAUCCUGAAAAUUACGACGGAAGGAUUGUUUAUUGAUGAUGAUGUGCGUGGUAUUGCACAGAGAGAAUGGGAUGUGAAAGCGUGGACUUUGAAGUCGGUUGAGAUGGUCGAAUUGCGAGGCCUACAGAUCGUCCGUUUCAGCGUGCGCGAUGCAGAAGGCAAGAGAUACGUUUUCAUUCUCGGCAAGCCUGAAGUGUGGAAGGUCAAGCAGGGCUUGGGACGACUGCGACGCGGCUCCCAAGUACGAGCAUUGAGCCAAUCUGAACUGCCCAGGAACGAGGGCAAUGCGAUUCUAACGAAUUUGGGCUACGCCUAG